AUGCCUUGGAUCUCGAGAUGGCUCGGAGCUUUACAAGUGCUUCUCCUUUCAUCGCUUUCAAUACAAAUGGACCACACAUUUGAUUUUGAUGACUUGUCUUCAAGUCCAAUAACUAAGUCUGAUAGCUUUGGGGAUAUACAUCUUUUGAAAGCAGCCAGAUGUAAAAGACAGAAGAUUGAACCACAAAACAGGCAGUCCAGGAUUUAUAAUCUUGACGGUGAUCUUGACACUGGAAAAGUAUCCCUUGGACCUAAGUGUGCGAACUGUGAAGUGUAUCAAGCUGGAAACCCCAGCUUAGAUUUAUCACUCAACUCUCUACAGGGGAAGAGCUCAAGCUUAGAGAAGUUCAAGGGUAUAUGGGUCAAGACAGAAGAUAUGAAUGAUCCCUUUCACCCCACAGAGAAAUCCUCAAGAAACAUCCUCAAGAACCCUGCAGCCAGAUCAAAUGAAGCGGGAUCAGGAAAAUCGUGGCUCAAUCUUGGCCAACCUGAAAAUGGUCCUGAAAAUUUGACAAGAAACAACCUGAAAAAGAUGUGUCCACAUGUGGACUCUGUGGGUUCAAACCACCAAUGUACUUCAAGAGAACCCUGGCUAACACUUGGACAUCAACACAAUGUCCAAGCAGGAUGUGAAGGUAGAAAGAUCGAGCAAGUUGAUCCUGGUACCAGUAUUGUGUCUGCUUCAUUCAAGCAAUCUGAUAUAGAAAGCUCCUUCACAAAGAUAUCCAGCUUGAGAUUGUCACCACAUAAUGAAGACGGCAUGGGACUUCAAUCAAGAAUUUCUAGCAGCUCAUCCAAUACAGAUAGCUCUGAUCCACACCAUCACCAUCAAAUCAAUCUUUACCAAACAAAUGCCACCAAAGAUCAAAAAGGGCCUCACACAACAUUUCAAGAUCCAGCUGACAGUUCCCAGGAUGAUUUAAACAAUUCAGGAGCCGGUGGUCCCAACAAGAAGCAUAAAGGUCUAGUCUUGGAAAAGGUACCACAUGCAGAGGUAGCAGUUGGUAACAGCCUUCGAAACUCUCAAUCUCUAAACAAAACAAAAUCAUCUUUACAACAGAAGAAUUCUGGAAGACCAGCAAAGUUGGGAUCGAUUGACUCGGAAUUUGACUUGGCACAUGCAAUCAAGUCCAUUGCACAAUCUAAGAAUGUGAUCCUCAAAAUAUUAUACAAAGACACCAAGACUUGGUUUUCCAGACUAAGGGACAGGAUUUGUGAAAAGGGUGCCAGAGAAAAUUCUGGAUACAUGAAAGGUGGUAAAAACUAUGUCUUUGUCACAAGAGCAACCUCCGAGGGACAUGUGAUCACCACUCUCUUUCUGAAUUGCAUGAAGCUCCUUCAUAGAGAUGAACAUUCUGUUAUGCCAAGUUGGGAGCAUGGAAUAUUAGUUGAUGGUUGGACUUUCAUACAACAGCUUUUCAAUCAAUGGAUGAGCAUGAGCACUGACUUGCAAAGGUGUGAGCAACUCCAUCGCUAUGAUCAUAUUGAUGAACUUCAGCCUGAGGUUCUUUUCAAUUAUCUGAAAAAUAUACGUCAACACAAGAUAUCCCCAAAGUUUUUAUGGAGCUUAUGGAAGAGAUGGUACAGGGAUUCAAAAUACUCUGAGAAAAUAUUCCUUGCAACUGAAGAGCACUUUAUUAUGAAAAUACAACAGUUAAACUUGCACAAUGGUCACAAUGGUAUAUCAAAGCAAGGGAAAGGACUCAUACAAAGAGGUCAGACAAUAGAUAACAAAGAUUAUCAUCAAAAUGUGCUGCAGGAACACAUUUUACAAUUUCAUAAGCUUACAAAACCAUCUCCAUUUGGGAGAGAUUUGGUCAUCCUGGCUCAGCAUAUUGGUAGAUUUGAGCUGGAUCUCUUGGAACAUCAUGAGCCAGUUACAGAAUGGCUUGAAAGUCUGUUGAAGUAUAUGGUAUCUGAGAUUCAUGUACAAGAUGACAAAAAGAGACAUGCUGUGCAAACCAUCUCUAAUUAUGUCAAGACAAUGUACUACAGAGUGAUUCCAAUAUUUUUGGGUAUAUUAAAAUUGAUGGAAGAUUCAAAUCCUAUGAUGGGAAUCCAAGAAAGAGAUACAACUGUUUCAGAUGGGUGGGAAUUCAUGAAGUAUCAUCUAGGUCAUUGGAGAAAGAUUGAUAUUGGAAGUGUGUUUGGCUUCCCACUUGCACAUCCUAUUCCAGAAGACCAUAAGAUUAAAGAAAGCUAUAAUCAAUUUAAAGGAAUUCUUUCAAUAGGGAACCCAAAUCUUGUCCCUUUGAAGAAUAUCCACCGGCUUUACUACCUCAAAAAUGCACCUGCUAAUGAUGUUUUUGAUUCAGAUACCAUCAAUGCUGAGGGUAAAAUCUUUCAAAUAAAGCUCCAGGAGAUCUAUUCACAACUUCAAAAUGUGUAUCUCAGUAAUGCUAAAGCAACAUGA